AUGCGCCGGCGUCGAUUCAGUUUGUAGACAGCAGAUCUUAUGUACGGUCGUGUAAUGUUACUAGUGACACCUAAUUGUUUUACGCGUUAUUAAAAAUGAUGAUUGGAAAUUAAUGAAAAUUUAAUGUUUUGCUAUCAAAAUUAAAUUAGGUAGUCCCUUAUGGAGGUUAACGAUGAUUUAUUUUAAAACGUAUUUUGACAAGCAACUCUGAAAAAAUGCAUUGUGUGAAAAAUUAAAAACUAUGAACAUAUUCAAGAGUUUCUUCUCUGAGUAGUUUUUCAUUAUUUAAUGAAAAUAAGUGAAAAUUCAACAUGACGUCUGAAGAGAAGACACCGGUGGACAGUUUGAAGCCGAAUGAAACUUGGAGGAUCUUGAAGAAUGUGGUCAUCAUCAGCCUGGCUUUCAUGGUGCACUUUACUGCAUACAGUGGUGCUGCCAACCUUCAAAGUUCUAUCAACGCGGAGGCAGGUCUGGGCACAGCUUCGCUGGCUGCAGUUUACGCUGGUCUAAUCUUCUCUAAUAUAUUCCUGCCUGUUGUCGUUAUCAAAUGGCUUGGCACGAAAUGGGCGAUAUCCCUAUCGUUCAUCACAUACAUGCCGUACAUAGCUGCCCAGCUGUACCCAACGUUCUACACCAUGAUCCCAGCGGGGCUGUUCGUGGGGUUAGGCGGGGGGCCGCUGUGGUGCGCCAAGUGCACUUACUUGUCUGUGGUAUCAGAGGCUCACAGCAAGUUAUCUAAGAUAUCAGCUGAAGCGCUUCUGGUGAGAUUCCUCGGCUUGUUCUUCAUGAUCUUCCAAAUGAACCAGGUGUGGGGCAACCUCAUCUCUUCACUUGUAUUGUCAUCAGGCAACAAUACCGCAGCGGUAACAUCAGUGAACGAGACGAUGAUCCCCAUACUAUGCGGUGCGAACUUCUUGCCCAGCGCUGACGCAGGGGAAGCCUUGCCCCCGCAGCCAGCUGAGAAGAUACAGAUGAUAGCAGGCAUUUACCUCGCAUGUAUGGCUGGGGCAGCUCUUAUCGUUGCCGUAGGAGUAGACUCCAUGAAAAGAUACGACUCAGGCCGCUCAGGUUCUGGUGGAGGAAUGUCAGGACUUGCCCUCUUGUCUGUGACCUUGAAACUGCUGGUGGAACCAACACAGCUGCUCCUCGUUAUUAUUAACAUCUUCAUUGGACUGCAGCAGGCAUUCUUUGGAGCUGACUUUACCGCGGCGUUCGUGUCCUGCGCAGUGGGCACGGGCUCCGUCGGCUUCGUCAUGAUGACGUACGGACUGGCUGAUGCUAUCGGCUGUGUACUUACCGGGUAUCUCGCUAAGCUGACAGGUCGUAUCCCCCUAAUCUGUGGGGCUACGGUGGUCCACGCAGCGUUGUUCUGUGCAGUACUGUGGUGGCGGCCACACGCGGGACAGGGCCUGGUUCUGUACAUUAUCGCCGUGCUGUGGGGCCUGUGUGACUCCGUGUGGAUCGUGCAGAUCAAUGCAUACUACGGCAUCCUCUUCCCCGGGAGAGAAGAAGCCGCUUUCUCCAACUUCAGGCUCUGGGAGUCAGUGGGCUACAUCAUCGCUUAUGUAGUUUCUCCGUACCUGAGGACCAGCGCCAAGACCUACCUCAUAUUCACCAUUAUGAUCAUAGGAGUGACUUGCUACUUCAUAGUGGAAUACCAGCAGUAUAAGAUUAAGAGGAAAGACCAGAAUAAGAAGAAGGAUUUGUACUACAUUACGAAUACUAGUAAAGGUUGUGAUAAUAUCGCUUUUCAGACUGUCGAAUGAUAGAUGUGAAGAUAGAAGAAUUGACUAUGGAGUUAAAUAGUUGAGUGAUGUUAACGAACAUUUACGGAGUCAAAAGUUUAGUGGUAAAAAUGUCUACCUUAGAAAGAUAAAUGUAUUUUCUAGCACGGUUUAUUUUCACGGUAAACCUGCAUAAAAAGGAAAAAUAGAUACACAAACAAGAAGAGUGACAAAGAAAA